AUGAAGAGCAUUUUUGACAAGCUCACCAACACCAAAUUGCCGACCGAGUUCGCAAAUGAAGUGGAGAUCAUUCGUGUGGGUCCUAUUUUCAGCCAAAACUCAAUGAUCCGCCAGAAAACACCAUUUUCCCCAUACAUAGUCAUAGUAUUUCAGCAACAUCGCGACAACACUAUGGAGAUGACAAAACACAUGAAGAAGAUGGUCCGACAUGCCGUUUCGCUCAAACACAGUCCCUCAUCAAAGGCGAGGAAGAACCAGCAAGCCGAUGAGUUCAAUCGAUUGAUAAAAGAGUGCGAUAAAGUCAGUCAAAAAUCCCAACUUUUUGGAGAAAUCAAAAAAUCUCGUGUUUUCGAGCUGCGCCCUGGGUUUAAAUUAGCAACUAAUUAAAAUUAACAACUUCUGAGAGCUUACCAACAUCCAGGCCUACGCUUUUGACAGUUUUUAAAACUUCAAAUGCCAUUUUCCGAGAUUUUUUGAUUUUGCGAGCUGCGCCCUAGCUUUGACAAAUUUUGAAAAGGAAACCCCUACUAUUGGCUGUGAAAACAAAGCGAUAAUCUCUACAACCGCAUUCGAAUGCAUGUAUCAUCCUAAAUUCCCAAAAUAUACCACUUUCCUAAUCGGCAACCUGCGCCCUACCAAAAUUUCAAACUUGUUCAAUUACCCUAAUUUCUUCUCUAAACCCUCUUUUCAGAGCAAGAACAUGUUCCUGGAACAGGGCUACUACUACAUUCUGGCCAAGACCUCCGAUCUCUGCUCCGUCUUGAGUAAGAUGCACCACGAAAUGGAGCAACAACAACACGACCAAGCGUACAUGCCGAUCAAGAUCUGGAUGGACGAGGAGUUCCCGCUGAUGAUCAAGGACAUGAAGCGCUGUCAGAAGGCGACAAAGGCGUUGGACAGCGCAACUACGGCCAAUGUGACCGCGCCGAGUGUGGAGCAUUCCAGGAAGAGGGAAAAGAUCCUGGAGGCGCACACCUUGCUGUUCAGGCAGUGCAAGGCCGAGUUGGAGAAGCACAAGAGGACCCCGAGACAUCAUACCCUAUGCCUUCAGACCUUUGUUCAGCACGAGGUAAACGGGAAAUUCAAUCAUCAAACUUUCUAUGUAAAGGAUCACAAAAAAUCCUUGUUUUAGAAAAAGAACCGUAUAUAGAGUGGCGGACCUCAUCCAGGGGCAAAAAAAGUAUCAUUUUGCAUCCGAGAGGUAUCAAAAACAGAGCAAAAUACCUCCCUGUCCUACUAAAAACCACUGUUUUGAAAAGCGCGUCCUUUCCCUCACAAAAAGAGCGGAAAAGGACGCGCCCUUCAAAAAUGAGUUUUUUUAGUUGGACAGGGAGGUAUUUUGCUGUGUUUUUGAUACCUCCCGGAUGCAAAAUGAUACCUUUUUUAGCCCUGGAUCAGGUCCGCCACUGUAUAUACGGUUCUUUUUCCAAAAAAAAAAACGGAUUUUUUGAGGUACUUUACAUAUAAAGUUUGAUGACCCGGUCUGUAAAUCACCCCUGCAGACCUUUUUCUUGCCAUAUAAUCCAAUUAUCACUCCUGAUUCCCACUUUUUCAGUACAAUUUUGCCAAAAGAGCCCUGGCCGAAGUCGAGAAGGCUCAAGCCGCGAUGAAGAACCUGUGUGAAAAGAAGGAGGGCGAACGUAAGAUGCAGAAAGAACAAAUGGCCAAGGAAGCGGCUGCCGGCACCGUAGCCGAGGCUAAACCCUAA